AAGUCGCGUCCAGUACAGACUUCCUUUCUCCAAGGUGUCGGACAUCCAAGUUGCUCUCCAGACUUACUGCGUUUUAGUGUUACAGCUCAAGCAGGCCUUCUCGUUAAAACACCCCAUGAUAAGUGGGACGUGAGAAGUGAACUAAAGGUGCUGUUUACAUGACUUUUUAAGGAUCUCCAGAGACAUGGUGGAUACAAUGGCUGACAGAGAAAUAGCGAUGGAUGACGAUAUAACAGAUGCAAUGGCUGCCCCGUCGCCAGCAAAGAGUAUUGGCGACCCAGGCAUCACGCCUCUCUCCCCUACACACACAAUGAAGGAUUCAGAACAGAAUGAACCGCCGAGUCACUCGUUUGUGGUGGUGGUGGCCAUCGACUUUGGCACCACAUCCAGCGGCUACGCCUACGCUUUCACUAACGAGCCAGAGUGCAUCCACACCAUGAGGCGCUGGGAGGGCGGUGACCCAGGCGUGUCCAAUCAGAAGACACCGACCACCAUUCUGCUGACACCAGACAGGAAGUUUCACAGUUUUGGUUAUGCAGCAAGAGACUUUUACCAUGAUCUGGACCCCAGUGAGUCAAAGCAGUGGCUCUACCUGGAGAAGUUUAAAAUGAAACUACACACAACUGCGAAUCUGUCCAUCGACACAGACCUUCAUGCAGCCAAUGGGAAGAAAGUGAAGGCUUUGGAUAUAUUUGCCUACGCGCUGGCCUUCUUCAAGGAACAAGCUCUCAAAGAGCUGAGUGACCAGGCGGGGGCGGAGUUCGAUAACGUCGACGUCAGAUGGGUCAUCACUGUUCCAGCUAUCUGGAAAAUGCCGGCAAAGCAGUUUAUGAGAGAGGCUGCGUAUAAGGCAGGUCUGGCUUCACGAGACAACCCCGAACAGCUCAUCAUAUCACUAGAACCCGAAGCCGCCUCCAUCUACUGCCGUAAGCUCCGCCUACAUCAGAUGGUCGACCUCAGCGAUAAGAUGUCCAUCAAUGGCUACAACUCGACUGAGAACGUGGGGGCGGGGAUGGCACAGGCCAAGGAACACGUGCGUCGCAACCGGCAGAGUCGCACCUUUCUGGUGGAAAAUGUCAUAGGAGAGCUCUGGUCCGAACUCAGUGAAGGUGACAGAUACGUGGUUGUGGAUUGCGGAGGAGGGACGGUGGACCUGACGGUGCAUCAGAUCCGCAUGCCUGAAGGUCACCUGAAGGAGCUCUACAAGGCCUCAGGAGGUCCAUAUGGUUCAAUCGGCGUUGACUAUGAAUUUGAGCAGCUACUCUGCAAGAUCUUCGGUCAGGACUUUAUUGAUCAGUUUAAGAUAAAGCGGCCGGCUGCGUGGGUGGAUCUCAUGAUAGCAUUCGAGUCCCGCAAGAGAGCUGCAGCCCCUGAUCGCUCCAACCCUCUAAACAUCAACCUGCCCUUCUCUUUCAUCGACUACUAUAAGAAGUAUCGCGGCCACAGCGUGGAGCACGCGCUGCGUAAGAGCAAUGUGGACUUUGUAAAGUGGUCAUCUCAGGGCAUGUUGAGGAUGAGUCCGGAUGCCAUGAACGCUCUGUUUAAACCCACCAUCGAUCACAUCAUCCAGCACCUCAAGGAGCUGUUUGAGAGGCCCGAGGUGACCGAUAUCAAGUUCCUUUUCUUGGUGGGUGGAUUUGCCGAGUCGGCGCUCCUGCAGAAGGCGGUGCAAGACAUGUUGCAGGGAGGGAGCCGUGUCAUCAUCCCACACGACGUGGGUCUGACCAUACUGAAGGGAGCCGUGCUGUUUGGAUUGGACCCGAGCGUGAUCAGGGUACGCCGCUCGCCACUCACCUACGGCGUGGGUGUGCUCAACCGCUUUGUGGAAGGGAAGCAUCCACCUGAGAAGCUUCUGGUACGUGACGGCACCCGCUGGUGCACCGAUGUCUUCGACACGUUCAUAUCAGCUGACCAGUCGGUGGCGCUGGGUGAAACGGUGAAGCGCAGCUACACACCAGCCAAACCCUCCCAGCAGGUCAUCGUCAUCCACGUGUACUGCUCAGAGCGGGAGCGUGUAGGCUUCAUCUCAGACGCAGGCGUGCGAAAGUGUGGCACCUUGCGCCUUGAUGUCAGUGGCACAGAAAGUCCGGCAGCGGGGGUACGCCGCGAGAUCCAGACGCUCAUGCAGUUCGGCGACACCGAGAUCCGAGCAAUGGCCAUUGAUGUGGCCACUAAUCGCAUGGUCAAGGCUAGCAUCGACUUCCUUGGCCAGUGAGAGGAAGUGAAGGGGAGAAAAUGAAGAUGUAUUUAACAUUGCACCAGCCCUUUAGCUGGAGAUCUGCUUUCCUACAGAAUUUAGCUCCAGUUCAUUAUGAAUACAGCUGAUUCAGCCUAUCGUGUCGUCCUGAGCGUACUGAGAAAUCAGAGAUUAUUCUAUUAUAUUAAGGUUGGAAAGUGGAUCUCCAGGAAAGGCUGCUCGUGAAUUACAGCAAAUUAUAGACAGCAGUAACUUAAAGGAAACUCCAGUAUCUUUUAACCUGAUCUCUAUCCAGUACAUCUGUAGUGUCUGUGUUAUUAACACAGCUUAGAAAUUCAGCUUGAGCUUGAUUUAAAAAAAUAAAAAUUAAAAAAUUAAAAAAAUAAAGUUCCUACCCCUGGUCCUGGAGAACCUCCUGUUUUGGACAUUUUAGUGUCUUUGGUGCGCUAACACGCUUCAAGUGAAGAAGGGCUGUUAAUGAGCUGACUAGUUGAAUCACAUUUGUUAGGGCUAAAAUGUGAAGAACAGGAGGUUCUCCAGGACCAGUGCUCUACAGGAAAUCCUGUUUGCUCAAACACUUCUAAUAGAAAAGUCUCAGGCAGUUGUUAGUAAAGUGGUUUGUAAACAGGCAUGUGCGGAUUAUUCACUGUCUAGGUAUACGGUUGUGUUUUAAACUUUAUUACUCAUGAAGUUCGUUAACAUCUGCCCUGUUAUAAGUGUGUCGCGAGUGAACAGGUUUUCUAUUCUUCUAACCAUGCAAAGAAAAGCUACAACAUUGUUAUAUGUAAACACACACGUAGGACUUAAGAGUAGAGAUUUGGAUGGAACAUGCAGGAGUUUUCCUUUAACAGUUGCUGUGUAUUAUCUGAAACUGGAGGAUCUGCAGCAGGUUUCCACUGUACCAACAGUGUAGGCUGUUUUUCUGAUUUUACUGUGGGUUCAUUUAUUGACCUCCUAAUCCUAUACCACUUUUUUUUCUUUAAAAAAAAAAACUAACAAUCUAGUCAAGGGUUAAAAGAAUGUGAGCUGCAUUACAUGUUUCCUGAACAACUUUUGCACACUCAUGUAAUUGCAUCUAGCUGGUUCAUGUCGCGCCUGCUCUUUUUUUUCUUUCACCUGAUCAGAUAGAUGCUUUUUAAACGCUGGUGAUUGCGUAGCUGGGACUGCAGGAAAAGUAUGUGGUUUUCCUUGCUGUUUGGUCUUUAAGGGAAAGAGUAGAUAAGCCAGGCUUUGGUGAGUUUAGCUGGAUUUUAAGAAAGAUAAGAUAUACCUUUAUUCGUCCCACAAUGAGGAAAUUUCUCAAAAGGGUUAUAGCUUCCAGUUGUCCUGUAGAUUCUGGCUAUUUAAAGAGUAUUUGACCAAGCACAUUGUCUUUAUCUAGCAAGUAAAGAUCCUGAUCUGAUCCUUUUCCUGGAAAUCUAAACUGCAGAAAAACUCAAUAUAAGACUGUAUAGUGGCAUGUAUCUGAUAAAACUCACACACACCUUUGAGGUUGCCAGAAAUGGUCGAUAACAUCAACACCACCCUCUUUAAAUCAAGCUCUGGACUUAGUUUCUACUAAUGCAAUGUUUUACAACAUUGUAACUACGGCAGCACAUAUACUAAAAUUGGAACGAUACAGAGAUUAGUAUGGCCCCGGGAUGUGGUAGCUCAGUGGUUAAGGUGUUGGGCUACUGAUCGGAAGGUCAUGGGUUCGAACACCAGGUCCACCAGGCUGCCACUGUUGGGCCCCUGAGCAAGGCCCUUAACCCUCGGUUACUCAGUUGUAAGUCAUUCUGGAUAAGGGUGUCUGCUAAAUGCCGUAAAUGUACAAAGAACUAGUAGUCAGAAGUGGUAAAGUUUAUUUAACCAAGAUUAAAACUUAUUGAGAUUCAGUCUCUUUUACAAGAGUGACCUAUACAAAAAAGCAGCAAAAAGACACAAACACAAUAAAUACAAAAUAAAAACAACAUAUAAUUACAUUUAAGUUAUUUGAUAAAUAAGUGUCACAAAUUCACCCAGUGAAGGAUCACAGGACGCUUUAACUAUAAGUUGUUCCAUGUUGAUGAGGCAUUAAAGUUAAAGCCAACUUUAAAGCUAACUUUUCCCACUCAGACCUAACAUGAGGAACAGCAAGCUGCUAAUAAUGCAUAACUAUCUAAUACUAGAUGAAUCAAGAGCUUUCGGGAUGAAAUGAUAACUUAAUUUUUACCAUGCAAUGAAACCUGACCUACAUUUAAAGUUCAGAAUCUUCCACAGAGACACAACUCUGCUUAAGCACUUCAACCCGAGUCCAAGUAGCAGUUCAAUCCGGAGGUUUGAAUACUACACGAUAAACCGAAUACAUGCAUUAAGGUAUUUUUCUUUUAAUUGUUUUAAAGCUGUAUUUAAUUAUUUACCUCAGAAUUCCUGAAACGGUUGCAGUCCCAGUCCGAUGCAGCUGAAUACACACAUCCUGUUGGGUGGAGAAAAAAAAAAAAAGAUGUGAACAUUUCAUUUACCAGCUGUGUCUCUGAGCCACCAUCUCAGUCUUAACCCUGUUUCUUCUUUUAUUAAUUUAAAGGAAAUCGUGGAGUAACUAGAGUAAAAACUGAAAGGAAAGGGGGGUGAGGAAUGCUGUAGAUGGUCCUGAGAGAUUAAAGGAAUGAAAGUGAUAAAAUACGGGGAUGUUUAGGACUUUCAUAGUUUCUUCAUUCGUGUCGAGUUUUCUGGCUCAGCAAAUAUCUGACGUUACUGCAGGCUCGAGGAGCAAAAAGUCGACGUGGAACCGAUCAAACCUCAGCUGUUAGUAGCAGAGCUCUGAGCUCAUCCUUACAGCACAGACGCUAAAACACGACAAAAAACACGACGCGAUCCAAGCUAGUGAAACUACAUCCAGUGUACCUUACAGUUUGUUUGAACUUUUUUUAUUUUCAUUCUUUGAUCAUCGGUGCUCAGAGAUUGUGUUUGUCUAUAUAGUAUAGUAUUGUCUAUAAUAAGGACUAACAUUGUUUGUUUGUUUGUUUUUUUUCACUAACAUCAUACUCGGUCUUGCCACAUUUUAGGUCAGUAAAUUGCGCUGAGGUGGGAAAAAUAUUGGAAUCCACAAAUCCUGGAAUGUGAAUUUAUUAUUAUUAUUAUUAUUAUUAUUAUUAUUUUGUUCAUUAGGCGGUGCAGGAGAAGCUGCUCGCCACAUUUUGGAGAGAGUGGAGUGUGAACAUAGCCAUCGCAGUGUGCUUGUUGCCUUUAGCAGUCUCGCUCGGCAGAAACGAGAAAGACACUGACCUUGAUUUUAUUUGUUCAGUUUCCUUUUGUAUUCUUGAUUUUUAUUUCGAAUUGGCGAAAAGUCGCCAUUUAUUUCUGUAAAUACCAUAUUUAAAGAUAUUGUACAGAUUUUUAGAGUUGAGUUUGUGCUGUUUUAGCAGCUUGCGGAGCAGAGGGUGUAUGAGUGCUAGCUUGCGUGCGUGUAUGUGCUUCGAGUUGUCUUCACUCUCACCAGCCUUUGCACACACACACACACACACACAGAGAAACAUUCACAUAGCAGAUGUCCUUGAGAGAAUCUGCUUGUCUGUAGAAAACUACAAGAAAAUAAAGACUUGAAACCUUCAUUGCUAUAGAUAUAUACAUAUAUAACAAAAAAAAAGAUUCGAGGUCAGGAGAAUUAGAGAGGACCUGAUUUGGCUGUGUUUAAGGUCUGUAGCUUUAUCUUCUUAGCUUUAUCGUACUGUGCAUCAAUCCAGAGGAGAAACAGAGGUACUGCUGCUUUUAAGUCAGACCCUAAUUUGAUUAAGAAUUGGUGCAAAACAUCCGUACCGGCCAAAUCGAUCAGACGAUAAAUGACGAGCAAUAAGGUAUAAUAAUGUUUAUAUCAUGCGCUGCCUGUGCUACGCUGCAGCUCGGUCCGCAUCCGAGCCUAAAGCUAUAUGUAUGAAUAUACUGUACAAUGAAGAAAACUUCAACAAGCCUUUUAAACUACUCACACUGAUUCAUUUAACUAAACAAGUGUUAAUCUGCUGUGGAAAUUUGUGUAUUGCAGUGUUUAUAAAAACAAAACAAAGGUGAGCCAGCAUGAGAGGCCUUUUCUUUCUCAUAUGAUCACAUUUGAUAUUAAAAGUUAUUAGGCGCUAAUAUUUGAUUCUUAAAGAGCUGAUAAAUCGAGCUGCUUCACGCUAAUGCGACUUUAUGUAUUUGCAAUACUGAAAGAGAGAGAGAGAGAGAGAAUCACUGUCUCUGUUUAUCAACGCUUAUAAAAGUCAAUAUAUUUGCUCAGUAUAAAACCUGUAUUAGUACUAGCUUUAUUACAGUAUUAAAAUUUAACCUCAGUUCACCUGGUGACUCGUUUUCUGAAAUCCUUGCUGAAACUGAGUACCAUGAAGAACACUUAAACAGCCUGGACGCCGCCUCUCGUUUUAGAAACACGUGUACGUCGCAAAGUUGCUUAACUUGAUUGCAUUUGCUAGGUUACUGAUAUAAUCAUCAACUUCAGUGACACAAUUUGCAUGUGUAACUACAGAGACUAGCAAAAAGGGAUAAACAAACCUAUAUUUUCGCUGCCAUUGGCUGUGCAUGCUAAACAGGAAGUGACAUAAACGGCUUAAACAUGCACACACUAAGACUAACCUGUACUUGUAUUAUUUCAUGACCGAGUGAGGACUGGGAAGUUUCUCACUUCUCAGUUAGGAGAAAAAAACCUGAAAACAAAUAUUUGGUUUAUGAAUCUCACCCUGGAAAGUUCGACUUUGUGAUAAGCUCCAGCUUCAUAUACCGAUUUCAACAUGGUGACAUCUAUAACACAAUGAAAGUGUUUCCUGUCUUUUAGGCAACAUUGUGAGUCUGUUUGUGUUUGAUGUUUUAGCACUGAUGUCUCGAAAUACAUCACUCGAAUCUCUAACUCAUCUUGUGGCAUAAUUAUCAAACUGUAUCAAACACCUUCAUGUUCUAAUGCUAUUUCAAAAUAAAGAUUAACUUUAAACAGUUGACAAAAAACAUUGAGAUCAAGUUCCAUGUCCUUGGGGUCAUGAACACAGCAAUACACACACUUGCAUGUACUCUCUCACUGCAUACACACUUCAAAACUGAACUAGCCUUUUUUGCUGUCUUUGCUAGCUAGUUUCCGUUCCUCUUUUGUGACAUACUGUAACAAGGUAUUGUUUUGAAACCUUUGUCUGAUGCCACAUGUUCCCAGAUGCCAUUGUCACUCCUGCUAGCCUUGCAUGCUAAAGAGGAAGUGAGAACCUUAUACACACACAUACAGUACACACACUACAGGAAUCAUGACAUUAUGGAGAUGAAGAUUUUCCUACUGAACUCUCACCAUGCUGCCACUUAGUGUUACGCUAUCAAACCAUGUGCUGCCUCUUUAUACUCUCGCUAAUGCAGUGUUUCACUUAUGCAGGAAAAGACAGAUCAUUCAUAGCCACUGUUUCUAUUCUGUUCUCUAUGCCAUGCUACGUCCUGAUUGUUUAAUGCCUUUUUUUCCCUUGCUGGAGUCUGAAUGCUGCUCAGCCAGUGGACGCUGCUUUAAACAGCAUACAUAAACACAUUGAACCCCAUCACACAUCACUUCCUGUGUUCUGUCCUGUAUCCUACUCCUACGCUGUCUCCUGUGGUCACUUCACAGCUUCUUCUCCCGCUGUUUGCACACAAAAUAGUAGGUUACAACUGUAUUACAACCAAUGCCAAGUACCCAAACUGUCCUCCAAUAAAAUAUCUGUAUCA